GAACUUAAAAGUUGACAGUCGUCCUGGAUGGGUGGAUGGUUGGCUGGCUGGGUGGAUUGCGCAUAUAUAAAGCCACUGAAAGUGAGAUUGAACUGCACAGUUGUUCAUUGCCUAGCUGCGAGGACGGGCGUCCCGAUUACAACACAACUCCAACAAACGUUCCACGGCAAUCAGCAAACACAACACAACACAAAAAUGUUGCCCAUUUGGCGCCUGCUGUUGCUGUUGAGCAUUUGCCGGCAGCUUUAUGCAUUGCCAACGCCGCACACAUCAUCAUCCGGCGGCUCAACGGAUGUACAGCUGGAGCUGAAUACCUGCGAACUGCAAUUGGCCAAAUAUCGCAAAUUCAUACUGCAGGCCAUACUCAGUUUUGAGGAUGUGUGCGAUGCGUACACUGCUCGUCCAGUUACCUCAGAUGAUGCUCAACUAGCGGAUAUGUGGCCAUUCCAUCAGUAUGCACCACCGCCAACAUCGCAGCGUGGCGAAAUUUGGGCAUUCUUCAAGCUGCUAAUGGGUCAGUUCAAUGAUAUGGAGUUUGCGACCAUAAUACGGGAUGCGGUCAUUGAGAGAUGUCGGAUCCGGGUGCAGCGGGACGACAAACGCAAUUCGGUUGUGCUCGGCAAGAAGCAGCGAUUCCAUUCGUGGGGUGGCAAACGUACGCCGGGUCAGCUGUCCACGAAUGGAGGACCACUUCUCACAUUCCCCGAAGCGGUCUCCGCAGCCGUUAACGACGCCGGCUUGGAACACAAUUAUUAUAAUUAAUCAGAGACCUUUGUCACAACACUUAUUGUCCCAUGCUUCAUUCCAGAAAUGUAUGAGUCUCAAUCUAUCAAUUAAUUACAGCUCUAAAUGUUGAACAAACAAAAAACAAUAUAAAUAAAAGAAGCGCAGCGAGAGGUUACUUA